GUGAGAUGGAGCAGUCGGAGGGGGCGUACGUCUCCUCACUAGCUCAUGACAAGAGCGAGCUGGCAGCGGCACAAGGUCUGCUGAACACAACCUCCCUUGCAUGUGUGGUAGAGGACCGUUUUCACCUCCACCGCCGCCAGUUGUAGCCUGCGGUUAAAAAAGCGGCGAAGUUGGCAGACUUCCUUUGGAUAACUCGGUAUGCCCAAGCCCUCAUAAUAUAUUGCCGCAGAGGACGCCAUCGGAGAGGAGCCGCGCAGACCUGCAGAGACACAGUGGAAGGAUGGUGUGACAGACACAGAGACAGACAGAGGGACCAGUCACUGCUCAUCACUCAGAGGCAGACCAUGGCUCCCAUGUGCCUCCUAUUCCUGGGCUUCUUUCUCUCCUUCCAUCAUUCUUCAGAUGCCCAGACCAUCAUUGGCGUCUCCUCUUCCUUCUCUCCCUUUGACCUGCCUAUUAAUUCUUCACCUCCACCAACCAAGCAAACUGCUGCUCGAUUCUGGCCUUCUUUACCUCCCAGAGGCCGUAGUGAUGUGCCUAUCAGAGCUACAGUCCGGGAUAGGCCUACAAAGAUGAAUGCUGUGCAACAGGGACAAAGAAUCGCCCGUCCCACUGCACAGUCCACUCCUUCUUUUAUAUCUGCCCUCUCCACGCAGAACCUCAGCAGCGGGCCAAUUUUAACCCAACCAACUGCCUCCAGGCCCAGGACUGACACAGCUAGUUUAGCAAUCAGCAGGGCCUUUGCAAGAGGAGACGCUACUACAAAAGGCCUAACUCCACCUCUGCCCACUUUGCCUUCCAUAGCUGUCGCUGAGCCUUCAGGUGAUAAGACAGUAACAAUUCCAGAGGAGAGAUCAGUCAAAGAGUCAGAGGAUGGUGAUUCACAGGGGUUAGGAUCGGGUAGUGCUCCAACAGCGAUGCUUGUGAAGGAGGAAUCACCUGUUCCUCUGCCAACAGUGGGCGAUGAAAUGGCACAGUAUUGGCCACAGGCACAGACAGCGAUGUCUGAAAUUGCUGAUGUAAAGACACCGCCACCGGACAGCCAGACGGCGAAAUCUCAAUUGUUUGUGCUUACAACAGCCAGUAAAAUCUCUGCAACACCACAAACUGAGACAAGAGCCACACUGUCCCCUGUGGUAACACAAGCGACAUCUCGGACUGUAGUGUUAACAGGUGAACUGACAGCAAACACUCCCCCCGCCGACAGAGUUUCUCCAAAGCAGGACUUUGCUGCUGGGACAACAACCACCACCGGCUCUGCUAAUAAACAGUCACAGGCUUCAGGGCUGCCAGUUACUGCCCAAGGCCAGAAGAGUUCACAUUCAAAUACAGCAACACAGCAAGUGACAACCACAUCUACAACUAAUGUGCUUACUACUACACAGGAAACUGUCAGAACAUCCUCAAAAGCAACAGAUCAGCACAACAAGACUGUACAGUCAUCAAGGACAGGGACCACGUCCUUCCUUACCACUGGUAUUGUGCCAGUCACCCGAACAAGGUUUGGCCCCACCUACCAGACUGGUAUUGGACAGAGGAACCGCUCCAUUCUCCUGGGACAUCCUCACCAAGCUCCCUAUUCCACUUCUAAUCCAGCCCCCUCUCCCAGCAUCAAUCCCUCCCCUAAUGACACACUUCUCUACUGGGGUGACCUGAGCCGGACGCUGGCUUUCGCCUGGGAGCUGCAUGUCUAUGGCUCAGCAAGUCUCUUCCUCCUCUUGUUUGCUGGAGCUGCUCUUGGCCUCACUCUGUCCCCUGCCACAAACUGUCCUCAUCGGGGUGCUGUUGCACUUGCCAAUGCCCUAUUGUUUCUGGCCGGAGGCCUUAGGGCAGCUCUCUUUCUAAUUGAUCCCUAUGGCACACGAAACUUGCUCCCUCGACCUGCAGUUACAGCCCUCUACAACUUGCCUCUACACCUGCUGGUGUGGACACAUGCUGCCCUGGCACUGCUGGCCUUGAGGGUGGCAGGGGUAAGUGUGUUACCUUCAACUAUGGAGCGGCCUCCUCUGGUGGCUGUGUUGGCAGUGUUGCAGUGUACCCUGCUGCUGGCAGCAGAUCUGCUUUCCCCAGCCCUGUCGCCUGUGGUGCCCGUCACGCUGCAGGUCCUGUCCCUGUGCUGGGGCCUGGCUCUCUGUCUGGGCUUCCUCUUCUAUGUCUUUCCACGUAUACGCUGCCCUCCCAUUCCCCACCCUGGAGUCCCUGAAGAGUCCAGGAGGAAGGCUUGGACAGGGAGCAGGAGGAUAGGUGUGACCCUGGGGAGAGUACUGGCAGUGUGUGCAGUUGUUGGGGCACUGUGCUGUGGGCUGCAUGUUCAUGCCACAUUAUGGCUGUAUGGACUGCUAGGAGAUUGGACACACUUCAACUGGGCAUGGUGGCUGGUUCACUUCUGGGCCCGGCUCCUGGAGCUUGCCUGGGGGUUCUCCCUGCUUCUCCUGGGUUCUUGGGUGUUCUGGAGACCUCAGGGUUGCCAGGGAAGGGAGGAGGGUGGACCAGAUGGUAGAGCAGCAGGAGACCUGCCAUCCCCUGGCCAAUCUGCAGGGUCCACUCAAAGACAUACCUGCUGGUCCAAGAUAGUGCAGAGCCUGAGAGGGAAGCCUUGCAGAAAGUCUGACAGUAAUGGAGUAGGAGGAGGAGGGCCAGGGGAGGUGCCCAACAAUUGGGCUGGCCAGGAACGUCCUGGAGCUGACAUCAGUAAAAGUCUGAUCAGGAACCAGAACCAUGAGCAGGCAGCUGCCCAGCCACGCUCUGUCAAAGAGAGCAACCGGGGACGCAAUCAUCGGGGCCACUCUGCAGAACGAGGUAUAUCUGAUGGCUCCACGGGCUCCUUGCUCAGACUGCAGGUGCUGGGCCGGCCCCCACAGCGCUCAGUGAGUGGCAGCCUGGAUCCAGAUAGGGACACUUCCCUGUCUCUAUAUGAGUUUGAUCUGCGGCCCCCCUCUCCCAUUGACCUGACCCGCAGCAUUGAUGAGGCUCUGCACAGGGAACACCUACUAGGAGGAGGCAGCCUGUUUCAUCCUUUGAACCAAACAUCACAGUCCCCCUCCCCAGGCUCAGGGGUCAGCCAGGGGCCCUGGCUCCGCAGGAACAGUGAUCCUCAACUGCUUUCUGAGAGCAGCGAGGCCCCAACAGAGUCUUCCAUGCCACUGGGGGGCAGCGUACUCAGCAGUGUACCCAGCAGGCAGGUGACUGCUCCCCCCACGCCUUCCCACCAGGGUCACAGGUGGGCUGGGAACGGGGUGGGGAGUGUCCCUUCUUCAGUGUCAUGCCCUGUGUCACUUCGUCCCUCCAGAACAUCAACAGGGCAUCUGGGGGAGGAUGGAGUGGAUGACACGCGGCCAUUCAUCACACCAGACUCAGAGAGGGUGCGGGGACGGGCUGGGAGGCCGGUGGGGUCACGGAGUUACCUGGAGGUCAGCCGACAUGACGACUCUGCCAGCGUGAGCAGUGAAAUUAUUGACCUAUGAACCAAACCUUGGACAUGAGGACCAAUGACUGCGCAUCAGACAUACACAUUUAUCAGUGAACAUACAAAUCUUAUCAGUGAACUACCUAAAAAUUUAUUCUUUUUAGAAGUGGAAAAAUAUAUAAAAAAGGGGUUCUGGGUGAUGAACUUAAGAAUAUCGCCUACUUGCCUUUUACCAUGAUAAAGAGUUCAACAGCUGUGUUUGUGGAAGAGAUAUGGUAUACCUUUUACUCUGGGAGUAUAGCACAGAUAAGCAACACAGCACAUUCAUAACUCUCCAUCUCUUUCUCACACACACAUUAUCUCCCUCUCUUUCUUGUCCUAAUUUCCUUCCAAACUCACCCACACACCUGCAUGACACUGGCAUAACUUCAAGUACACUGGGACCAUACACACAUUUCAACAAGUCCUAAAGAAAGGCUCCUCAUCAGGCUUGGCGUGAAAUUUGCGAUGGGGAUGAAUUUCGUCUUUCCGUAACGAAUGAAAUCAAUAAAAUAGGUUUUAUUGAUGAAUUCUGAAGUCUGAGAACAUACUUAGCACAGUCGAGAGUUGCAGUAGGUUUGAAGGAGGGGAAAGACAAAUGUGGUUCUUAGUGUCUGUAGGUCCCACUUGUUGUCUCUGUGAAAAAAUGUCUGCAUGUCAGCAGUCGUGAAUUACAUUGCUAUCAUAGAGUUUAUUCGCUGUCUUCCAUAUUUCAGUUCGCUUUGUACAGUAAAGAUGUGCCAUACAUAACCUUAGUUGGUUUUGUGCUAAUUGUAAUUGUUCUAUAAACCCAUUAUCUGGGUUAACUCUCUAUAGCGUCUUACCAGUAUCAUAGUGACUCAACUAUGGAUUACUACUUCUAAGCUCUUAACAUGCUGCCGCUGUUUUUGUUGUCCAGUCUGCCUUGUAUGUUAAUGUUAAGCUGGUUACAUAAAGAGGCAGGCUGUGAACAACAGCCAGAGACAUGCAGACGCAUGCUUACAUGUGCAACUGUUGCUGAGGCUUUUAGCAUUUGCCGAAAUUGUCAGUUUUAAAAUGAAAUUCAAGUAUUCAACUGUGAGGUUAAUGCAUUUCAUCUUGGGAUUUUGCUGUUGGACAAAGCUUUUGCAAUCAAUAAUUAUGUACAACUGAAACCUCUGACUGUAUUUUUACAGAAUCUAAGAAUACUAAACAUAAUCAUGAUCGUAUCAUUCGCAUCGAGUCAAUUCGAGCUGUUCAGACUCGUACCUAAUUAAAUGCUACACAGCUUUGCAGGGCUGAAACACACAAGACUGGCUUGGCAUGAACCUCAGAACUCUUAUACCUAACUCAAUAACAGAGCACUUAACUGUAAGCCUGAGCACUAGACUGAAGUAUUUUACUACUCGAGAGGAAAAUAUCUUUGAAAUAUACAAUGUAUAAGCAACAAUGUAAAUACUGUUAUUUUUGAUGUUCAUGAAUAAAGGUGUAUUUGAAACAUAGUCGUAGUUGUUACUGUGAAAGACAAUCUAAAGUGGUAUUGCUUAUGUGUCUGAGCUGUGCAGACAAUUAUGCUAUUUUGACAUGAGAUUGUGGCCUGUUUAGGACAUGCAGAGCUGUGACAGUCAAUACUUGACUUACAUGUCAAGGACUUUCUGGGCUGUGCUCAGGAUUGUAAUAAUGAUGCUGAUUUUUGCUAAAUGUAUAGCUGAUAGCCAUGGUCUGCAGGAUUUUGAUUUCUGCUUUAUUUUUUCUGUUAUUAAAUGAUGACAGGCAUUGGAAAGAAAAACAAAAAAUACACUCUGUUUAGUCUAUUAAUGAACAAGGCGCUGUUUGGUGAUCCUGAAAAUUGCACAGUGGUUUCCUCCUCAGUCUUAGAUUUGCAUAGUUUUAUUCCAAAAUGACUUUUACAUUAUUGAAAAACUGAGACUUGCUCUCACAGAUCGAUUGCUGGAAUUCUGUCCUGGGACGCUUUUGUGAAUACAUAAUGAUAAAGUGGCAUUUUUCCAAGUUGGAUAAACGUGAUUUUGGAAUAAAACUUAACUCAUGUCUCUGUCCCUGGUGAGAGCCAGUCCAUGAUGUGUUUUCCUGUUACCUCAGGGUGACUAGCAGUACCUCCCAGUGAUGUGAGAUAUUUGACUUGUUUAGUAGUGACAGUACAAUGGCCUUGUGUUGUUGUCUACAUUCCAAUGAACCAGUAAGAUUCCACUGUAUAAGUACUCUGUUACCUCUUUUACUUCAUGACCAGGGUGGUACCUCCAGCACCUGUAGUAUUGUCCCCCUCCCCAAAGCAGUACGUGCCACAAAAAAAUACAAGCAACGCCCCCCCCCCCA